AUGUCUAGUGACGUCGUGGAUUUAUUGAACCGUGAUCCCAAGAGCAUCAAUGCUCAUCUUCAGGGAGUUGCCUUCGAUGAAUGCAUCGCCGAACCCGAUGCCGCCCAUUCCAUGGACUGCAUCUGGUCCAACUCCUACAAAUGCUUUGAAUGCGGCAAAGGUCUCUGCUACAAACUUCUGACCUGUAUGUGUGGUAUUUGCAUUGCCUUGUACUGGGGAUGCACAUUCGGAAUUAUCGCAUUUGAGCACGUUUGGUGCAUCACUCCCAACCUGAAGGUCCUCGACAUCAACUGCAACAUCUGCCAGAGGCUCUACGCGUGCCAUAGUAUACGGUUGGGCAAGAAACAAAGUGGUGGCGGUGGCCAGGGGAUCGUACAAGGAGUCAUUCAAGCUGAAUUUGGGAACCUUAAAGAAGCUAUUCAACUCUUGAUUGAAAGCCAGGCUGCCCUGAAAACAGAUCUGAAAGAAGAUUCUACAAGUCUAAGAGACGAGGUGUCAAAUCUGAGGGACGAUGUGUCCAAUUUGAGAGAUGAUUUGUCCACUUUGCGAGAUGGCGAAUCUGAUAAAAUUUCGAGUAUUAGAGACGAGUUGUUCAAUCUAAGAGUGGAUGAAUCCGAUGUUCGUGAUAAUCUUGUGGAACUGAAAGAAUCGAUGCUAGAAAUGAGGAGACAGUAUAGUGAACUAUCAAUUAAUGACAACACCGAGAAAGCUGACACUGACGACACUGAGACCAAUGUACCACUGUUUGUCUCAGAAGUUUGUAACAAGUCAUCUACAAUGUUUCAAGAAAUUAAAGAUCAGCUGAAAGGGUGCCAACAUGAUGUGUUAUCAACUGAAAGUGACACCAGUGUUCUCGUCAAAUCUGAAGUUUGUAAGAUGUGUAAUAAAUCAUCUAGGAUGUUUGAAGCCAUUCAAGAACAAAUAAAGAGCUUUCGACAUAAUAGCCUGGAAACAACGGAGAAUGGAAAGUGUAACGAGUCGAUAACGGGGAUAGAAACAUUGAAAGAAGAUCUUGAAAUGAUGAUUCAGGAACAAAUGAAGAAAAUUGUAAAAACGUGUCAGGCAGGAUCAGAUGAUCAAACAAAUCCAGAACUUCGUAACAAUGUCACAAUUUCUGUAGCAGAAGAUUGCAGUGGGCAAUCGGAUGGAGUCCACAUAAUAACCACAAGGACUGGUAAACGGUUUCUUGCAAGAUGUGAAAGCGGUUGGCUCAUACUUGCACACCGCUUCGAUGGAAGUGUCGAGUUCAACCUUGAAUGGGCUUCAUACAGACAGGGUUUCGGCAAUAUUUUAAGAGAACACUUUAUAGGAAUGGACAACAUUGUUUCUGUGUUACAACAGAAGAGGUACAAAGCCAGGUUUGACCUGACAACAUGGGAGAAUGAAACAAGAUACGCAGAAUACAUGACAUUUGACAUUAAUGAUGAAAAGGACAAAUACAGAUUAAACAUUGAUGGUUACAGCGGCACAGCGGGUGAUUCGAUGCUUAAUAACAACCAUGGGCAAUUCUCCACAAAGGAUUCGGAUAAUGAUGACUACAGUGAAAGUUGUGCUGUGUAUUAUCGUGGUCCAUUUUGGUGGCGGGCUUGUGGUCCACAAGGCUCUGUCUUUGGCAUUUACUCAAAAAGCUCAAAAUGUACAGAGCCAUAUGAUUGUAUAACUUGGCAUUAUUGGCCUGAGAAACUCCCUGGAGUAGUUAACAAUUCUUAUUAUUCUUUUAAAAAAGUAAAGCUCAAAAUCCGACCAAUUUAA